AUGUCUCACGAAGCCAAGCCGGAAGUCGAGCAUGCCGCGCAAAUCGAGGUUUCUGCGGAUGUUGCAGGCUGGGCUGGGCUGGCCGAGGAUGCUCGAAAUGCCACCGCAGAAGAGCAUAGCAUGAAGAUUACGAAAGCGAUCAAAACGUACCCCAAAGCCUCAUGGGGUGUUUUCACUACCCUGGCGCCUGCCUAUGCCUUAGAGGUUGCACCGCUCGUUCUUCGAGCCCAUCUAGAGACAUUCGUUGCUCUGUGUUGGGGGAUCGGCCAAUUCCUUUCAUACGCAUUGAUCUACACUCAGACUCACCGCGCGGACGAAUGGAGCUGGCGUAUUCCGCUUGCUGUACAGUGGGCUUGGCCAGCCAUCAUUUUCCCGCUCAUCCUGUUUGCUCCAGAGUUCCCUUGGUGGCUGGUCCGCCAUGGCCGGCUUAUUGAGGCCGAGAACGCAGUCAAAGGACUUUCAUCACGAUCGAAUAACUACGAGACUCAGGCUAAGCAAACCGUUGUCUUAAUGAUGGAGACCACAAACAUCGAGAAAGCUAUAACAGAGGGAGUUUCUUUCGCCGACUGCUUUCGUGAGUCGGAUUUAUGGCGUACCGAGAUCAGCUGCCUCACCUGGGCCUCGCAGGUGCUCUGCGGCUUCGCAAUUAGCAAUUACGCCGCAUACUUCUACCAGCAGGCUGGGCUAUCAACUUCAAACUCUUACAAGAUGACAUUCGGUCAAGGCGGCAUCCACUUUGCAUGCAACCUCCUCUCUUUACUUGUUACCAAAAGAUUCGGACGACGCGCUAUCGCCCUUACUGGGUACACCUACAUGAGCCUUUCCAUGCUCCUCCUAGGUUUCCUCGCCCUUGCGCACCAGAACACGGGCCUUAGAUACGGUCAGGCAGUCAUAUUCCUUGUCUGGUCCUUGUCUGUUACUGCACCUAUCAACUCACAAUCGGGCCCACUGGAUUCAUCAUUUUCGACUGUUGCUCCGUACGCCCUCAACCCGACAGAAGGAAAUCUAAAGAUAAAAACCGGGUUUCUAGCAGCAGGAUUCUCUCUUCUCUGUCUGAUAUGGGGGUACUUCCGUCUUCCAGAAAGUAAAAGUCGGACAUACCAGGAGUUGGAUAUCUUGUUCUCCAAGAACUUGACGGCCCGCGAAUUCAAGAAUGCGUCUGUCGAUGAUGCGGAUGUUGACCAGAUGGCGAAAGUGAAUAUUUAA